AUGCCGCGCCUUAUGUGCUUCUUGGCUCUUCUGUGCUCUGUAUAUACUGAUAAUCGAGUAGAAACGAUGAAGGCUGGUCUGAUUGAGGCGCAUAAAUCUUUUCGAGACAACUUCAAAUUCCGAGGCAAAAAAUUAACUCCUUUGAAAUAUUCCACGGAGUUGGAGAAUCUGGCACGUGUGUGGGUGGACACUUGCAGUACGUCUCGUCCAAAAGAUCGCAGAUUUGCCAAUCUCGGAAGCAAUGUGAUCUCAAGCCCCAUUUAUGCAUCAUUGGUACGGAGGUGGAGGAUUCGCAUGUCAACUGAAAGAGGCGCCUACAACCCAGCCACAGGCAAAUGCACUGCGUCCACGUGUCAGCAUUAUAGGCAAGUGGUACAACCAAAUGAUAUCAACUUUGGCUGUGCAGUCAAAUUUUGUUUAGUCCGAAAGCCUGCUCCGAUCCCCUCGCACCUCUCCGUAUGUCUUUACAGAGCUGUAGACCAAUGUACUCCCAUUCAACAAAGAGAGGGACUUACAGCAUGUAUAACUAGGAAUACCACCACAAGGGGGCAAACUACUACCACCACUAUCACCACCACAACUGCGACGAAGGCACCAACAACACCGACGGUAACGUCGAGCACUGGCUCAGACCCUGCUCCUUCUGUAUCAACAAUCCUCUCUGAGGAAACGCAAAAACCACAGUACUUUACUGUUUUUCCUGUUGAUAAUGACUCUGAAGUAAAAAGAGGCAGCGACAAAGAAGAGGUGGGAGAAGGAGAGGAAGAUGAAGUACAGGAAGAAGACGAAAAAGAAGAAAAGGAGGACGAAAAAAAAGAGAAGGCAGCAAAGGAAUAUUCCAAGGAUGUGGAGAACCUCGCAGUCGAAUGGGCAAAUACUUGCAACAGGUCUAUGCCGAGUGAUCCCAGAUUCGCCAAUAUGCAAGGUUAUGCUGGCAAAUGCCCCACAUAUUGGCCACUGGUGCGUGAGUGGACGACCCGUCUCUUGGCUGAGGAGAAGGCCUACGACCCAGCUACAGGGAAAUGCUCCACCUCCAGCUGUAAGCAUUAUAUGCAGGUGACACAGCCAAAUAACACCAAAUUUGGCUGUGCGAUUAAAGUUUGCCACGUGAAAAAUCCAAAUCUGAAAUCCUUUCUCCUCUCCGUGUGUCUAUACCAGGCUGAAAAACAAAGUAUUCCCAUUCUUCAGACAACCGGCAGUGUAACCACCACUGACACAAGCAGGACAGCCACAACUGCUACAAGCACCACCACAACCGCGACGCCGACCACUACCACCACCACCACUGCUACCACUCCCAACGCGACGACAACAACGGAAGGAAGCACUACUGGGACGGUGAAGUUAAGCGUGAGCUCAGAGCCGCCUCCCACCGACCUAGGCACUGAAAUGGAAGAAGCCGAAGAGGAAGAAGACAUAGAGGAAGAAGACGAGGAGGUGGAAGAUGGAGAAGAUAAAGCAGCAAAGACCUCCAAUUCGCCAAAUCUCUCUUCACAUCUACUUCCCCUUGCGAUGAUUGCAAUUACUCUCCUUGUCUGA